AUGACCAGUCAAGGAUGUGGCAAAUUGCACAUACUCGACGAUCAUGGAAAUGAUGUUUGCAUUUCUGAUGUUCUUAUUAUGCCAUUAAAAUCGAAAAAGAUGCUUGAAUUUGUUAUACCUGAAAAUGAAAAUGGACUUAUAAACCCUAUAAAAUGGAAAAACAAAGGUUAUUUAAUUGCCUCUGCUGGUGCUUUUUACCUCGAGUACCGAAAUCCCUCGGGUGGCUCCUUAUGGAUCUUUUAUGACCAUUUGGGAAACUAUUAUUUGUUGUUGAAUCAAUCUAAGUUGAAUUUCACGAAGCUUGUUGGUGAAUUACCUAAACGGACGUUUACCUCAUCUCAGAUCACUGAAUUGAAGGAUGUUGAAGCGAAAUCUGAGAAACUUGUGAGAAUUAGAGCAACGCGAACCAAGAAGUCAUCACUAGACCCCACUGCUCUAAGUCUACGUGAACAAAAGCAAUUCCGUGACUUGUUUGAAUUGCACACGCUGUAUCAACACCCAGGAAGACGAAGGUUGAAAGACAUAUUGACGAAGACGCGAAAUCUACAUUUUCCAAAUAAGCUCUAUGAACUUUUACACGUUGUCUGUCCCUAUUGCUUAGUUGCCAAGACGAUUAAGAGUGACUACCAUCACCUUCCAAAAUCUGAUCUGCCAUUACAUUAUGUUUACGGUGACGUCUUAACAAUUCCGACUAAAUACGUGACUACUCCUGACUCGUGCACAGUCAUUCGUGACGUCUUCUCAGGUUACACAUUUCUUGGAAUUCACCGCGCGCAAUUUGGAAAAGCUGACGCUCAACUAGCUGUUAAAUGGUUUGUGAAUCACAUUGAACGUCAAACUCAUGGUCGUGAACCACAGUACGUUGUUAAGAACUUCAUCACAGACGGUGGUAAGGAGUUUGAUAAUAAUGAGCUCAAGCUGUACUGCAAUGAAAAAGGUAUUGUCCACACACUUGCGACACCUUUCGAACCGCAACAGAACGGCCCUGCUGAACGUGUUAACCGUACUAUUCUUCAAAACAUCCGUAUCAACUUACUCCAAUCUGGGGUACCUGACCGAUACUGGCCUUGGGCUGCUGCUCACGCCGUAAAUGUUAUGAACCAUAGUUACUCGCUGGAACUUGGCAUGCUGCCUCAUGAGUGUGUUACUGGAACACCUCCAAAUGAUCGGUUUAUCAUUCCAUUUGGUUGUUUUGCCAUAUAUUACGAUCGCCCUCCCAUUGGUGGAAAACCUGGCACUCAGCCCAAAAAUGAUAUGACGAGCAAAUAUGCUGACGGUAGUUUACUUGGCGCGAAAAAGACAACCACGAAAACGAAAACUGAACCUGCUGGCGAAUAUGGCAUUACUCUUGGCGGAUCUCCUCGUUACCUCGGACUCGCUAUUUUGAAACUUGAUGACAGUCGCCAAAUUUACCACACUAGAAAUGCAAAAGUUUUUGUGCGCUUGUUCCCUCUUCUGGACCCUGAAGCUUAUGCUAAGGUGAUGACUGCCAUGACCGGUAUUAACUUACCUUUCAAGUGGACCAAGAAGACAACUGACCUGUCAAUUAGAUGGAAUAUGAUGGAGGAAUCCCCUAAAUUUGCUGAAACUGCGAAAGAAGAAUUUGACUCUGCGAGAGUUACUGCGUCGCAAUUGCCGGAUGACCCGUCACACUACCCGCCACCGAACACGCCGCUCGACCAAGUUGAACCUAACAUCGAAAUCAUUAACUCCAUCGACCCCACCGAUUAUGGCAUCCCUACGCCUACUCAAACGGAGUCUGAAUUAGUCGACACUGAUUAUGAACAUGACGAAGUUAACGAAAUCGACGAAGUUGAAAAAGCGGACGUUCCACCUGCGAAGCCAUCACCGCCAAAGAAAGUCCAUUUUGCUGAUACAUUAGAUACCGACGCUAACUUAUCACUGGAAGAGCUGAAACCAACCACGGAGGAACCACAUAAUACACUGCCGGAUAACCUGAAGGAAGUUCUUCCAUAUACCCCGUUUAAUCCCGCUGAUAUGUUAACUAAGCCCCCUCUGACCGGCAAGAAUGACCAACUUUCGAAGAUUCCUAAGAAAUUACAAAUGGAUCUUGUUGGAGCUGAAAAUGAAAUUGAUCUCACUCAAGGCCGCGAAACCCGCUCUACGCUGAAGAAGAGACGACGCUCUGCGAAGGAUGGUGAAUUAAUUUCUGAAAUCUAUGACACGAAACACACGAAAAAGAGAGGCCGCGUCAAUCUUAUUCGCCUCAUCAGACACAUCCGUGAACUUAACCGAGGAUUUGCUUUCAAAGAUAACCGACCUAUGCCGAUCUCGGAUCCCAUUGAACGCCUCGCUGUCGACCAUCAUGUCCGCAUCUUACGUGCCGCCGUCAAACUGAAAUCCAAUAAGAAAUCGCUUACGUACUGGCAAGCUAUUGAACUUGAAUUACCUCGUGCAGCAGUAUUACGUGAACUUGAAGCCCACUUAAACCUUCUCACUUGGUACCAGGAAGUGAUUUGUACGAACAACCCUGAAAUCUUAAAUCGCGUCAUCCCUACGAAAUGGUUGAUUGAAUCAAAGACGAAGCUUGAUGAACUUGGUAAGUACAUUGAAGUGUGGAAAGCCCGCCUUGUUGCUCGCGGUGACUUACAAAGUCUCCUCACUUUCUGCGAAACAUACGCUCCUACCAUGAGCUUGGAAAUCUUGCGUUUUAUCUUCGCUUUUGCUGUUGAACAUGACUUUGUGUUAUGGCAAGUUGAUAUCAAUACUGCGUAUUUGAAUGCCCUUUUACCAGAGGAUGAAUACAUUUACAUUAUCCCGCCUCUCGGUACUGGUAUUGACUUUCAUGCUGACAAACCUGGUUUCUUUAACGUGUUCCGUCUUCAUCGGGCGUUAUACGGUUUAAAACAAUCUGGUUACUUGUGGUACCAUGAAUUGAACAACUAUUUGAUCCAAGAACUUGGUUUCAAAGAAGCCAAACAAUUCAAAUCGGUUUAUGUGUACGCACAACAUGAUGAAGUUGUGUUAAUACUUGGUGUUUUUGUUGAUGACAUUUUGAUCUGUGGCAAAACUAUAGCUGAAGUCGAAUGGAUUAAAUCUAUGUUACUGAUUUACGGUAUUAAGGAUCUCGGUGUACCUUCCGAAAUCUUGAAAACUCGCAUCCAUGUCAACCCUGACAAAACCAUUACCAUGGAUCGUACCCAAACGAUUGACAAACUCGCUGCCGAAUACAAUAUUGUGGCCAACAACUAUGUUACUACCCCGAUGCUUGAAGGUUUUAACAUUGACUGGCUUGAAGAACAUGAACAAUUGACGUUUAUGACGCCUACGCAAAUUCGAGGACUUGAACAGGAAGCCCGCUCCAAAAUUGGUGUUGCCUCCUAUCUCUGCUUGUGUUGCCGUCCCGACAUCAGUUACGCUGUUAACACACUUUCUCGGCUUGUCGCCUGUCCCACCCCAAAGGUUAUGAAAGCUAUCAACCGCUUACUCCAAUACCUCGUGAAUACAAAGGACAAGAAGCUUGUGUUUAAGCGCGACACACGUACUAGCAAAAAUUUUGUUGGUUUCUUUGACGCGAGUUUCCAAAAAGAAGAGAGCGAUGAACACCUCACGAAGCGCUCAGGACUUAGCUACAUGAUUUACAAUCACGGACCCAUUCACUGGAAGAGUACUAGAUCAAAAUGGGUAUGCACAAGCACUGCUCAUGCCGAAGCUACAGCACUUGCAACUACAAUUGAAGAAGUUGUAUUCUUGAAUAAGGUGAAACAUUUCCUUACCUAUGGUAAAGAACUUGAUGAUGAUGCCAUCACGUCGGAUGAUCUUUACACUGACAGUUGGACAGUUGUUAACCAAAUCCGAAAUGGUGGUCAACUUACCAAUUCCAAAACAAGAUCGUUCCAGGUAAAGAUUGCGUAUGCAUUCGAAACUGUACGUGAAAGGCAAAUGAACCUUGUACACGUGAAUGCUGAACAGAACCCACCUGACGCUGGCACAAAGGCACUUGGCCCGAGAGAAUUUAUUGCCAAGGCCGAAUCGUUACUUGAUUUCCUGUUAGUGGACACCACACCACUGUUAAGAUUCCAAGAAGCUUACCUUAAGUAA